AUGAUGCAACAUCUUAUCUUCUUUUUCUCUACAGACGGUUCUUGCAAACAAAUGUCACAUUUUCAAAUAGCGUUCUGGAUACCGCUUAUAAGUAUUGGGUUACUGCUUAUUCGUAUAACAGCAAACCCAUUGGCAAUCUCUGAAGCACUCAGUACACAGUGUGCAAUUGGUUGUGGUGUUGUUGCAGACAACUGUGAAAAGGAAUCUGUACGAUCACAAUUAAAUUUAGAAUAUUGUAUGAAUAAAAUGCUCGAAUGUGUACGACACUGUACCGGACCAUCACCUGUUGAGAAUUAUUAUUACUAA